UUUCCGCUGAAGCGACAGAAGAAAAUGGAGGAAUACGCACGAGAGCCAUGCCCGUGGCGAAUUGUGGAUGACUGCGGGGGGGCCUUCACCAUGGGCGCCAUUGGAGGAGGGAUCUUCCAGGCUGUCAAAGGCUUUCGGAAUUCGCCGGCUGGGAUGAACCACAGGUUGCGAGGCAGCAUGACAGCUAUCAGAACCAGAGCCCCUCAGCUAGGCGGCAGCUUCGCGGUGUGGGGCGGCCUCUUCUCCAUGAUCGACUGCGGGCUGGUGAAAGUGCGGGGCAAGGAGGACCCCUGGAACUCCAUCACAAGUGGGGCCAUGACCGGGGCCAUCCUGGCUGCACGAAAUGGGCCUGUUGCCAUGGUGGGCUCGGCGGCGAUGGGAGGGAUUCUGCUUGCACUCAUAGAGGGUGCAGGCAUUCUGCUGACAAGAUUCGCCUCUUCACAGUUUCCAACUGGUCCCCAGUUUCCUGAGGAGCCUGCCCCCAUGCCUGCCCCCUCCUUUGGGGAUUACAGACAGUACCAGUGAGGAAGCCCCCCGCUUCCCCACUCCUAGGCCUUUUCUGAAAAUUCCCUUCAUGAACUCACCUUUCCAAUGCCGAAGCAACACUGAAGACCGCCAAGAAAUCCCACAGGAAGGAUCCCUCACCAGUGCAACCAAAUAUCAUGGAUUGAAUAGUGCACCCUUUUUUAAAUUAUUUUAUUUUUUACUCUUGGAACCAUCAAGACCAUCUGUGUGUCACACAGCUAUAUCCACUGCUUGUAGUUUUGUCAGGAUCAGUCCACCAAAAUUGGUUGAGGCAAAAGAGGAAAUGGUGUUAGUGGCGAUGUGGUUGAGUGACAUCUCCUUUACUACAGACGGGAGUUAUAUUGGUAUAUCAGAGGAGGUUGAACUCAUUUUUAGCCCAUUUCAGUGUCUUGGUGGAUUAUAUGGUUAAACAUCAGGGUUUUCUCUUGUGCUUUUGGGAAGAAGGUAAUGUUGCAAUUAAUGUUUGUGUACAGCUGUAGGCACCACUGGUAGUAAUUUUGUGGUCUAGCCUUGGAGCUCCAUUACAUUCCCCUUCAAUAUUUCUGCUGGAUGGAGAGAUGCGGCACAGUUUGGUCCAUCACUGAAGGGUCCACAUACUUCGCCAGUUCUUCUCCAGGCUGUAUAAUGUGUUCUGUUAAAAUGGAACAAGCGAAAACUUAAAGGGACUCCAGUGCCCUUCCGUGGGCUAGUCAGCCUCACCUUUUCUGUGUAAUUGUUGUAGUGUGUCUGUAAAAACCGGUGUCAGUGGUUUCCUGUGUAUCGCUGCUGUGCCUUAAUGUUCACAAGCUCUGGUCGGGUGGGGCUGACUGACAGGUCUGGAGAGGCAUGACUGCGGCACAUGCUGUGUGUCCCGUGGACAGCAAAGCUGACCCCGAACCUCCUGCUGAGAAGAAAGCAGUUCAUUUCAGAGCCUUUAUUUAUUUACAUGCACAUAUAUCCUAGCUGUAAUGAAGAGCCCUGCAGCGGGCACAUUGUUACAUGUGAGUAUAUCUAUUGGGAGGACCAUUGGUGGAGAAGGGACUGCAGCUGCUGUGUGCAGGGGUGAGUGAGUGUAACUGAGGCAGAGGGUUUGCAGUGCAAACCUAUGGGAUGACUCAGGUGUGGGUUUGUACCAUAGGAUUGCCACACACACACGGUCUGUAUGACAGAUUGAACAGCGUUAUCAAUAAAGAAAACUGGAGGCAUG